AGCAAGGCUGGGUUGUCAGCAGCUGAUCCCAUGGGACUCCAGCUCCCCAGAGCGCCCCGUGCCUGCAGCUCCAUGGCCUCACGCCUGCUCCUCCUGGCCUUUCUCCUGCUGCUGCCGUCACCCACCCUGGCUCCCUGCUACACAGCGGCUCGUUCAGAAUGUAAGAAGCACCAGAAGUUCGUGCCCGGUGCGUGGCUGGCUGGGGAAGGUGUGGACGUGACCACCCUCCGCCGCUCACGCUCCUUCCCCGUGGACACACAGAGGUUCCUGCGGCCUGACGGCACCUGCACGCUCUGUAAAAAUGCCCUGCAGAGGGGCACCCCGCAACGCCUGCCCCUGGCACUCACCCACUGGCGUGCCCACAACUCAGGCUGCCAGCGUCAUGUGGCCAAGGCCAAAGCCAGCUCCACAGAGGGUGUGGCCAAGGAGGCAUCGGCCAGCAUCAGCAAUAACUGGCAGGUGGGGCUGGACCUGAAUCCCAAACCCAGCACAAACGUGCACAUGUCCGUGGCUGGCUCCCAUUCCCAAGCAGCUGACUUUGCAGCCCAGAAGGCCCUCCAGGACCAGUACAGCUUCAGCACUGACACCGUGGAGUGUCGCUUGUACAGUGUUCACUUGGUGCAUAUGCCCCCACUGCAUCCCGACUUCAGGAAAGCCCUCAGGAACCUCCCUCCCUUCUUCAAUGCCUCCACCAAACCUGAUUACCAUGCCCUCAUCAAUGCUUAUGGCACCCACUUCAUCCGGGCCAUGGAUCUGGGUGGCCGCAUCAAGUCCCUUACGGCCCUGCGUACCUGCCAGCUGGCCCUGGAUGGGCUCACAACUGAUGAGGUAGGGGACUGCCUGGCCAUUGAGGCCCAGGUCAGCAUUGGGGGCCAAGGCAGUUCCUCGGCUGAAUACAAGGCCUGUGAGGAGAAAAAGAAGCAACACAAAGUAGACACAUCCUUCCACCAGCUCUACCAUGAGCGCCAUAGUGAAGUAGUUGGUGGCGAGCAUACCUCCGUGCACGACCUGCUAUUUGGGAACAAGGCUGAGCCUGAGCAGUUCUCAGCCUGGCUGGCCUCCCUGGCUGGCAGCCCUGACCUGGUAGAUUUCAGCCUGGAGCCCCUGCAUGUGCUGGUGGAGAGCCAGGACCCGAGGCGGGAGGCACUAAGGGAGGCCCUGACCCAGUACCUAACGAGCAGGGCUCGCUGGAGAGACUGUAACAGGCCUUGCCCACCAGGAAAGCAGAAGAGCCACCGGGACCCAUGCCAAUGUGUGUGCCAUAGCUCUGUGUCCACCAAUCAUGACUGCUGCCCACGCCAGAGGGGCCUGGCCCGGCUACAGGUGACCAUCCUCCAAGCUCAUGGGCUAUGGGGAGACAUAACUACUUCCACCGAUGCCUAUGUAAAAGUCUUCUUUGGGGCCCAGGAGCUGAGGACCAACACGGUUUGGAACAGUAACAACCCCAAGUGGGAGACCCAGCUUGACUUUGGGGAUGUGCUUCUUGCCACCGGGGGGCCCCUGAGGGUACAGGUCUGGGACGCAGACCAUGGCUGGGAUGAUGACCUACUUGGCACCUGUGACCGGCCUCCGACAGCUGGCUUUCAUCGGGAGAACUGCCACCUGAACCACGGUCACCUGAAAUUCUUCUACCAGGCCACAUGCUUGCCCCACCUGGCCGGGGGAACCUGCCUGGAGUACGCCCCCCAAGGACUUCCUGGGGAGCCUCCAGGAAACCGCAGUGGGGCCGUGUGGUGAUCACAGUGAGUUCUGAGAGGACCAGAAGGCUUGGACUCAUGUGUGCACUGCCAACUGGACUGUCUUCGUAGUCCCAUUGGAAGAAACUGAGGCUCAGACAUUGUUCAUUGACAUAGAUGAGUCUGCAGGUCAGCCCCAUAUCUCUUAAUGGCUUCAGAUCUGCUGAUCACCUCUGCUCAGACCACAGCCUAGAGGAGAGCUAGCUAGCUGACAGGAGGGAGGCCGUGCUCACCGGACUGUGUAGACAAUGCUCAUCUCUUUAGACCCUCCGCAGCCCCCAGUGGUGUGCCAAGUUCUUCAACAUACUCUGAUCUAACCCCUCUGUUCCAGCAGCUCUGUCUACCCUCUCUUGUUGCCUCUCAGACAAAUUGUACACUGCUUGAUAGAGGACCAAUAAAUACAAGUGAUGCUGACCAUAUAGUGAUGUGGACAGAGAAGAGGAUGGCAUUAUCCCAGAGGGCUCCAGGGAGUUGGGGUCCUGCUAUUCUACUUUCCAAUUACUGGGGAAACGGUCCUGGAAGUG